AUGGCUCGUGCAGGAAAUGCGUAUUCAAAGAAGGAAGAUUGGAAAGAGGCUCUGAAUUGGUAUGAGAAGUCCGUGUCCGAGUUUAGAGAUCCAGAAGUAGUGAAGAAAGCGAAAGAGCUGGAGAAGUCGAUCAAAGAAAGAGAGCGAAUGGCAUACAUUAAUCCUGAGUUGGCUCAGGAGGAGAAGAACUUAGGCAAUGAAUUGUUCAAGGUAUUUAUUGCUACAUAUAAUACAUUGCUAAGAAAGGAGACUAUCCCGGGUGCUAUGAAGCAUUACAAUGAAGCUGUGAAACGGGAUCCUGAAAAUGCCAUCCUCUACUCGAAUCGUGCCGCAUGCUAUACAAAACUGUUAGAUUUUCAACGAGCACUUGACGAUUGUGAACAGUGCAUCAAGCGUGAUCCGAAAUUCAGCGCUGUGCUGACCGCAAUGCGAGAGUGGACUAAGGCGAAACGAGCCUAUGAAGAUGCUCUCGCCGUGGAUCCUUCAAAUUCUGAAGCCCUUGAGGGGCUGCGUAAUUGCUUCCGUAGCAACGAUGAGGAUCCAGAAAAGGCUAGAGAACGAGCGCUCGAAGACCCUGAGGUGCAAGCCAUACUCCGUGACCCUGGAAUGCGAUUGUUGCUGGAACAAAUGAGUCAGGAUCCUGGGGCAGUCAGAGAGCACCUUCAGAAUCCUGACAUAGCAGCGAAACUUAUGAAGCUCCGUGAAGCUGGUAUUAUUCAAAUGAGGUAA